AUGAAACAUAGGUUGGCCUUGGAGCUCAGGCGGGAGCUCGAAGGAACUGGCGCAGAGAUUUCCUAUCUUGGCCCAGAGAACCACCAUGAAAACAAUAAAUCGUGGUCAGAUACAUGUGAGAAGGAGGCUGGAGCAAUUGUCAACGUCACGUCAACGAAAGAUGUCUCCAAAACCGUCACUUUUGCGCGUAAUCAUCACAUCGAGCUCGUCGUGAAAGCGGGUGGACAUUCGACGCGCACCGAAUCCGCAACGCGUGGUGGCAUCGUGAUCAGUCUAUCCAAGAUGCGAAACGUCUACGUGGAUGCCAAAUCCCAGACCGUACGUGUCCAAGGGGGCGCUACCUGGGAUGAUGUCAAUACCGCCACUGCUUCUUAUGGACUCGCCGUGGUCGGAGACACCGCAAGUCGCACUGGCGUUGGCGGAUCGACCUUGGGGGGAGGGUAUGGAUGGCUUACAGGGCAGCACGGGCUGAUAGUCGAUAGCCUGAUCAGUGCGACAGUCGUUUUAGCUAAUGGUAGUGUUCUCGAUGCAUCUCAAGACACGCACAAGGACCUCUUCUGGGCGAUUCGUGGCGCAGGGCAGGCUUUCGGCGUUGUGACAGAGUUAGUCUUCAAGGCAUACGACAUGCCCAACGAUAUCUUCGGUGGCUUGCUGUACUUCACCCCUCAUAAGCUCGACAGGAUCGUGGAGUUUGCGAACUGGUUUGACAAACAGCAAAACGAACGCAGUGGGUUCUUCUUUGGCUUCCGGGCCCUGUCGCCAGUGGAAGAGGCUUUGGUUAUGGCACUGGUGUUUUAUGAUGGUCCCAAGGAAGAGGCCACUUCUUUCUUUGCCCCUCUUCUCUCACUGCAUGCGAGCCUCGGGGCGGUUGGUAUGAUGUCCUACACGCAGUUGAAUCGACUCGGCAAUAUUGAGCCAAAGCCAGCAGGUAGAAAGGCAACCAGUGGAACGAAUAUCACGUUUCCGCUGGAUAAAAAGCUCGCCCACGAGCUCUGGGCCGGCUUCAAUCAGAUCAUGGAGGCAUACCCGGAAGCAGGCGCGAGUGUACUGGCGUUCGAGCUUUUGCCUUACACCAAAGUUAUCAGUGUACCGGUUACAGCCACUGCUUGUGCUAAUCGCGGUCGCUUCUACAAUGUCGGAUUGCUGCUGUGCUGGAAAAGCCCUGAGCGCGAUGCGGCGAUGGACCAAUAUCGACGAGCGGUUGUGGCCACGAUUCAAUAUUCACAACGUCGGUUAAACCGUGGUGAACAUGCGGUGGCGUAUCCGAAUUACUCUGGUAGGUUUGGGCGCCUUUUGAAAGCUGCACAUCGCUCACUACUCGCAGGGCACGACUUCGGUUCUGGUUCUCUCUUUGGAACAAACCUGCCUCGUUUGCAGGAGUUGAAAAAGAUUUAUGACCAGCACAAUUUCUUUCGCAAGUGGCAUAACCUGCUAAAGCCGUAUUAA